AACAUUACUCCAUUCAUCAUCUCUGAAUGAUGCUCUGUCUAGACAUGCACCAAAUACCAACAUGUCCUUGUUGGUAGUAUGCAUCAAUCUCGCCGUCUACAACGACAUGACGACAGGCUGAUCAUUCAUUUCGACUACGACUGCUUUUACGCUUCCGUUGUCGAGAAUGAGGAUCCAGCCCUGAAGAGUGUUCCUCUAGCAAUCCAACAGAAACAGAUUGUCGUCACCUGCAACUAUGAAGCGCGAAGACGUGGCUUGCACAAGUUGCAGCUCAUCACCGAAGCCAAAAGAAUAUGCCCAGAGGCGGUCAUCAUUUUAGGUGAGGACUUGACCAGAUUUCGCAAUGCCUCCAAGGAUCUUUACAAGUAUUUGCAAUCUUCUGUUUGGAGCGGUCGUGCCGAGCGACUAGGCUUUGAUGAAGUGUGGCUCGACUGUACGGAUAUGGUGGACUACAACAUGGGUUUGUUGAAUCAGAAUGAUCUGACCCAUUCGUUCUUCUGCCUGAGCAAGGAGGAUCCGACGAUCGGUUUCGAAUACGAUGCUUCCAAGAUCUAUGGGCCCUCUUAUCCGAGCAAACCACUUCCUGUGGAGCUUCUGAACGAGCAGGACCAGCAUCUUCAUCGGCGACUAUGUCUUGGAUCGCAUCUUGCACGGCACCUGCGACAGGAAUUAGAGGAGCAAAAGGGUUACACCGCGACGGUUGGUAUUGCCACGAACAAGGUCCUCUCCAAGUUAGUGGGCAAUGUCAAUAAGCCCAAAAAUCAGACGACUUUGCUCCCUCCAUACUUGCCCAUAGGUUCACCGGACAAUUCUAUCAACCAUUUCCUAGACAGCCACGACAUCGGCAAAGUCCCUGGCAUUGGAUUCAAGUUGUCCCACAAAGUCCGGUCUCAUGUUCUACAACGUCCACCCGAAUAUGACCAUGGCCUGGUCUACGGGGGCACCAAAGAAUCGGUCAAAGUCCUGGAUGUCCGAUCCUACCCCAACAUGGGCCCAGACCUUCUGGAACAAAUCCUGGGAGGCCCUGGUUCCGUACGGGGGAUUGGCGGGAAAGUGUGGGAGUUGAUCCACGGCAUCGACGACACUGAGGUGGGCAAAGUCAAGCGCGUGCCGUCACAGAUUAGUCAAGAGGAUUCGUACAUGAAGUACUUGGACACUUUCGACAAAGUCAAGAAGCAGUUGCAACUGCUGAGCGAAAGACUGAUUCGCCGAAUGCACAUGGAUCUCCUGGAAGAAGAUGAUGACGAUGGUGAUGAAGGAGUCACAGAGGCUCCAGAAGCCAGACGCCAACUCCGAUGGAUGGCGCAUCCUCGAACCCUACGGUUGACCACAAGACCGCGCCCACCUCCAGGGCCAGACGGGAUAAGACCGAGGACAUUCCAACGCAUAUCUCGAUCAGGACCGAUGCCCCAGUACGUCUUCAAUCUGACCGAGUCGCCCAAGAUUCUUGGGGAGAAACUGGUUGAAGAUACACUGGUACCCAUGUUCCGCAAAUUGCACCACGAAACAGCGGGAUGGAACCUCAGCUUGAUCAACGUUGCAGCUACUAAUAUGGCCGAAACGGCAGCCGAGAGCAAGGACAGCGAGGGGCGGGACAUUGCCAAGAUGUUCCGAUACCAAGACGCCGUGCUCAAGGAUUUCAAGGUCUUGGAGGAGGAGGAGGAGAAAGACAAGGAGGACAUGCACACAGGUCCGGUGGUAGUGGCAUCGAAGAAGGAUAACCUAGCGAACCCAAAGCCAGUCAGGCGUGAUUCCCCCUUUAGCGUUGAGGAAGACGGGUGGGAGUCAGAGGACAGCGCCACUCAAAUGGUUGAGCGUUGUGGGUUUUGCCAUUCGAAUGUACCUGUUUUUGCAUUGGAGGCGCAUCAAAGAUAUCAUGAACUAAAUUAGAGUGAAUGCCACCAUGAC